UGAAGUCGAAAUCGAAGUCAGUGAAGUAAAUAAUUCUGUUGAGUAUCUUCAUGACUUCAAUGUUCAAACUUUGCGACCCUCUUCUUUACACCUGUUCGUCCCCCUCUGUACCUUGCUGCUAGACAUUCAACAGGGUCGGUUUUACUGCGCUGCUUUGAAUAACAGAUUACAUAGCACAGUGAUGUUUUUUUAGUUCAUGAGACUUCACUUUUUCUUGCAUUAGUGUUCAUUAUUGACAUGGGUGGAACGGAAUCUAGCCCAGAGGUUGUGGAGGAAGUCGAUAAUGUCAUCACGAUUUCUCCAAGAGCUGCAGAAUACUUGAUGCAAGGUGGAGCAUCUGGUCCGGAUCAAAGGGUGGCAUAUCUCAGGAAAGAGAACAAUGUACUACGAAACUACAUUGUCUCUCAGCAGCGGGAAUUGGACCAGUUUGAACAUGAUCUCAAUCAAGCUAUUGAGACGAUGAACAGGCAAGAGAAGGUGGAGUCAGAUGCUAGAAAUGUCAAGGAGUCAUACGAUAGUAAACUAGCUGAAUUGGAAAAGGAGAAAGAAUCCCAUCGCGUGGCUGCCCAGGAGGCGUUUGAUGCGUCAUCUACACAAUUGCGUCAGAGAAUCAGAGAUUUGGUUCCUCCCAGUGAUUCACACCCGUGUGAAGCUCAGCGUAGCUCUGUCUUCAAUUGCUUGCGCUCCAAUGCUGGCCAAUCAUUAAAUUGUUCGGAAGAGGCAAGUGCGUUUCGAGAAUGCGCAAGACAGGCAACCCAGAAUGCCAAGAAUUAACUGUCACUACAGGUGUGGCGGACGCAGCUUUCUGUUUGCUAUUCUGGAUUGUUCCUGUUGUUUAUCUCUGUCGUUUGAGUAGAUGUCGGUUGUGUAAAGUCUUUUCUGCCCAAGUUAGUGAUGGUUUUGAGUGUGUGUGUGUGUGUGUGUGUGUGUGUGUGUGUGUGUGUGUGUGUGUACGUGCGUACGUGCGUACCCUUGUCUUAUCAUUACCGGUACUUCAAAGUAGGACUCACACAGUCAUGAGCUAUGGUGACAGUUUGUAUUUGCUUGUCAAAUUUCUUCUCCUUUCCGAAUCCUCUCAACUGCCUGCCUCUCCUCAAUGCAAGCUCUGAGUCAUAGUCGCAGAGGCAUAUUCUGCCUUGCUCGAUCUCCGCUGUCUUUCCUUUGAACACAGUCCCUCCUCAAUAUUUCUAAUGCUGAAUAUGCCAUUUCUGGCAGGACAUCAUCCGUAGGAACAUCUGGAUGCAUGUACUGCAAAUCAACAAAUUGUGAAUUUCGUCGUAGCGUCA